UUUUACGUUGGCUUGCCAAUCCGCCAUAAAACAACAGAAGAAGAAGUAGUUACAUCCUCUGCUAGCAGUAAACAGGAGGAGACGGCCAAUGAAAGCAGCAUGGAGGGUUUGAAGUUUUCUAGCAACACCAUGCAGGUGAGUUUUGUUUGUCAGCGCUGCAGUCAGCCACUGAAGCUCGACACAUCCUUCAACGUCUUAGACAGAAUGACCAUCCAUGAGCUCACGGCUCCAUUAGUGACAGUAACAGCGAAUAAACAGUCGAAUAGCAGUGAGGGCAGCAGCUUCCCUGAGGAGACCUUUUUGGAGAGCAAACAGGAUGGUGUGGCUCGGAAAUACAUCCCACCUGCAAGGAUGAUGUCAACUGAAAGCACAAAUAGUUUCACUCUUAUUGGAGAAGCUUCAGAUGGAGGAACUAUGGAGAACUUAAGUCGCAGGCUGAAAGUGACAAGCGAUCUGUUUGACAUCAUGUCUGGUCAGACAGAUAUUGAUCACCCACUGUGUGAGGAAUGUACUGACACACUACUGGACCAUCUCGACACACAACUCAACAUUACUGAGAAUGAGUGCCAGAAUUACAAGAGCUGUUUAGAGUUGCUGUCUCAGCUACCAAAAGAGGAGGAGGCCAGUCUACUGAAUGCACUGCAGCAGUUGAAACAAGAAGAGGAAUCUUUGAUCCAGGAACUGGAGAGCAUUGAGGGUCAGCGUGAAGCUGUGGCCAAAGAGCUGGCCGAGGGACGAAACCACAGCCAGCUGAUGGACACUGAAGAACUUCAGUAUCAGAAGGAGUACUGCGAGUUUAAGAGACAGCAGCUGGAGUUGGAUGAUGAUCUUAAGAGUGUGGACAAUCAGAUGCGUUACUGUCAGAUUCAACUAGACAGACUCAAGAAGACCAACGUUUUCAAUUCCACCUUUCAUAUCUGGCACAGUGGGCAGUUUGGAACAAUAAAUAACUUCCGCCUGGGCAGAUUACCCAGCGUACCAGUGGAAUGGAAUGAAAUUAAUGCAGCCUGGGGUCAAACUGUACUUCUGCUGCAUGCGCUUGCAAACAAGAUGGGACUUUGCUUUCAGAGAUAUCGACUAGUUCCUUAUGGAAACCAUUCAUAUUUGGAAUCUCUCACAGAUAAGUCGAAGGAGUUGCCAUUGUAUUGCUCAGGUGGUCUGCGCUUUUUCUGGGAUAAUAAAUUUGACCAUGCAAUGGUGGCCUUCCUUGACUGUGUCCAGCAGUUUAAAGAGGAGGUGGAGAAGGGUGACACAGGCUUCUGUCUGCCAUACAGAAUGGAUGUGGACAAAGGAAAGAUUGAGGACACAGGUGGCAGUGGAGGUUCUUACUCUAUUAAGACUCAGUUUAACUCAGAGGAACAGUGGACCAAAGCCCUCAAGUUCAUGCUCACUAACCUGAAGUGGGGUCUGGCCUGGGUCUCCUCGCAGUUUUACAACCGCUAGAUUUGAUCUCGACUCUUAACUGAUCCAUGACAAGAGGAAACCACAUGAAAUCUUCACAGUACUAGGAUGGGAAUUUACCUUUUUGAGUGAACUGAACUUCAAUCACAAUAAUUUUGUUAGAAAACAGAAAAUAGAAUAUAAUUAACUAUUAAAAUACCAGUAAUGUGAAUUUGUGUUACUGGUGGUAUAUUUCAUGAACGUCACUAGGAGUAUUCGGGGUGAGCAGGGGUUGGAGGGAUGGUUUUUAGCCUAUACCUGAAUGUUUUCUUGUCUGUAACUCCCCAGGAGUCAAGUGUGGAACUAUAAUGGGAGUUAGUGGGUAAAGCCAUGUAAGUAGAUAUGUUUCAAGUUCAUUAACAUCUUGUUUAUAUAGGGCUAAGUUCAAAUACAGAAACAGGUCCUGUCAAAGCAACUUACAUUUGAGAAACAUCACAAGCUAAUUACUAUUUGUAA